AUAUUUGAAUACAAAUUUGUAUGAAGCCAACACCCCCUAAAUAUUCAUCACGGCCGAGCUUAAUCAUGGCGUCCGUCGCCGGGCCCAGCAGCCCCUAUCCGAUUCCACUCAACCACCUCGUCAGAACCCGCGGCGGGCCGGGCCCCGUCUCGAAAACAUUCAAAGGCCAGACCAGAAACACACAGGCGAAGGAGGUUGAAGAAGCUAGAGAGAGAAAAGAGGAGACCAACAGAAAGAUAGCUUCGCAGAAGGCCAUUUCAAUUAUUCUUAGAAGAGAGGCAGCAAAAGCUGUCAUCGAGAAGAAGAAAGGAAAUCCGAAAAAGCUUCUGCCCACAACUGUUCUUGAAGCCCUUCACGAGCGAAUCACCGCUUUGCGCUGGGAGUCUGCUCUUAAGGUUUUCGAACUUCUUCGUGAGCAACUUUGGUACAAGCCGAACUCUGGCAUAUACAUCAAGUUAAUUGUCAUGCUCGGAAAAUGCAAGCAACCCGAGAAAGCCCACAUAUUAUUCCAAGCAAUGACAGACGAAGGUUGUGUGGUGGACCGUGAAGCAUACACUGCUCUUAUGUCAGCCUACAGCCGAAGUGGCCUUUUUGAUGAGGCAUUUUCGAUUCUCGAACAAAUGAAAAAGAUUCUUAACUGCCAGCCAGACGUCUAUACGUAUUCAAUCCUCAUAAAGUCGUGCCUACAAGUUCAUGACUUUGGGAAAGUACAAUCUCUGCUUGCCGACAUGGAAAUGCAGGGUGUCAAUCCCAACACGAUAACAUAUAAUACACUUAUUGAUGCGUACGGCAAAGCAAAGAAAUUUUCAGAGAUGGAAUCAGUGCUCGUCCGAAUGCUGAGGCAGCGAGAGUGCCAGCCGGACGUGUGGACAAUGAACUCCACCCUCCGAGCCUUUGGCGGCAGCGGCCAGAUCGAGAUGAUGGAGAAGUGCUACGAGAAGUUCCAGCUGGCGGGCAUCACCCCCACGAUCCAGACAUUCAACAUCCUCCUCGACUCCUACGGCAAAACCGGUAACUACAAGAAAAUGAGUGCCGUGAUGCACUACAUGCAGGCCUACCACUUCUCGUGGACCCUCGUCACGUACAACAUCGUGAUCGACGCCUUUGGACGGGCCGGAGACUUGAAGCAGAUGGAGUAUCUGUUUCGACUCAUGCAAUCUGAGAAGGUGAAGCCCAACUGCGUUACGUUGUGUUCGCUCGUGAGGGCCUAUGGGCGGGCUGGGCGGGCCGAGAAAAUCCGGGCAGCUUUGAGAUUUGUUGAGAAUUCGGAUGUGAUGUUGGAUACCGUGUUUUUUAACUGUUUGGUGGAUGCAUACGGGAUGAUGGGUUGCUUUGCGGAGAUGAAGGGUUCGGUUGAGAUGAUGAAGAGGAAAGGAUGUGUGCCCGAUAAAGUUACGUAUCGGACGAUGAUUAAGGCGUACGAGUUGGGUAGGAUGAAAGGCCAUGCUAAGGAGGUUCGAAAGGAACUUGCUUGCUUGUGAAUAUUUGAUGAUUUUAUAUGUAUUUAGGCAUAUGGGGUUUUGUAUGUGUAUUUAUUCUUUUAACUCAAUACUAUUUUCAUAUGUCCUAACUAGAGUUGUUCAGCGAAAUGACCGGUUCGUGAACUCUGUUUGGCUUGGGUGCAGCUUGUUGAGCUCAAGCUCGCAUGAAGCUCGUUUCGUUAACGAAAAUAGAAUUUUUAUAUAACUUUGGCUCGUUAAAGCUCGAGAUUGGCUCGUUAAGGUUUGAAAUCGGCUUGUUAAUAUAGAUAAACGAGUGAGCUUGAGCUUGAUUUCUGGCUUCUUUACUUAACGAGUCGAGUUGGGUGCAACCUCGAGCUCAUGUGCUCUCAGCCAAAGCUCAGCUCUAUGAGCUCUCAGCCAAAGCUCAGCUUGACUUGUUCACUGUUGUAGUCCUAACUAGUAGGAAGCACUUAUCUACAUAUGUAUAAUAGUACUAUCUACAUUCUAUUGUUGCUAUUUCAGUAUUGAUUUUUCUGCUAAAAAAAUU